GACCAUGAAGGCCUGAUUCACGCAGUCUCCUCUGAACAGUUGAUGUUGAGCUGUGUCUGUUACUUGAACUCUGUGAAGCAGUUAUUUGGGACGCCGAUCACAUCCCGCAGGAUGACAGUGACUGCAGCGCCAACCUGCAAGGCAACAAGAUGGUCAUCGAGCCGGCUAAAGUCCUGUCCAUUUCACGCAGCUUCCUCAACAGCACGUGGGUCCCAGACGAGCACUACCUGGAGCUGACCCAGGACUAUCAGAGGUUCAGGUCUACGUGCAAGUUACUGGAGUACCCACUGAGUUGUGAGGAAGAAUACUUCCCCCUGGCCUUCUCGCUGGUUGUCCACCACAAGGUUGAGAACUUUGAGAGGCUGCUUAGAGCCAUCUACGCCCCCCAAAACUUUUACUGCGUCCACGUGGAUAUAAAGGCCAAAGCGUCCUUCCUUGCUUCCAUCAUAGCCAUCACAUCCUGCUUUGAAAAUGUGUUCUUGGCCAGCCAUCCGGUCAGUGUGGUGUACGCGAGCUGGAGCCAUGUCCAGGCUGACAUCAACUGUAUAAGUGAUCUGUACAGGGCUAGUUCACACUGGAAGUAUUUCAUUAACCUCUGUGGCCAGGACUUCCCCAUCAAGACCAACCUGGAGAUGGUGCGCAGCCUGUGGGCGCUGGCGGGGGACAACAGCAUGGAGUCGGAGGCCAGGCCCAGAGGUAAGAAGUCGCGCUGGAAGAAAGUGCAUCAGGUUGUUGAUGGCAAACUUCAAAGAACAGAGCAGAACAAAGCUCCUCCGCCCUUUGGUAUACCCAUCUUGUUAGUUGGGGCAUACAUUGUGGUGAAUAGGGGCUUUGUGCGUGCUGUGCUGGAGGACAGCAAGGUGUUGGCUCUUAUUCGGUGGGAUAAUGAGACUUGGAGUCCUGAUGAGUUCCUGUGGGCCACCAUCCAGAGGCUUCCUGGCGUGCCCGGCUCCAUGCGCCCCAAGUUAGACAUGACGGACAUGCACGCCCUUGCCAGGCUGGUGAAGUGGCCGUGGUAUAGGGGUAUCUAUGUUAAAGUGAUGUGUGUAUAUGGGGCCGGAGACCUGCAGUGGAUGCUGCAGCAGCACCACCUCUUUGCCAACAAGUUUGACACGGACCCCAUUGCUAUCAGAUGUCUGGAGGAGCACCUUAAGCAUAAGGCCCUGGCAGAAAUAUACUAACGCAAAUGACUUUGUGUGCUCAAAGUUUCUAACCUGUAUUUGUGAUCUCUGGGAUCCAACUCAAAUGGAACUUUUAUGGCACCAUCUCUGUUUUAUCCAUCUAAAGAUCAUCCUAGAAAGAGGUGGUUUUAUUGGGAUAAAUAGCCAAACUUAUCAAACUUUAAAAAUGUCCUGGUGAUUUAUGUCCUAAUGAUUAUUUACAUCAAUGGUCUUACCUUCAUAUUCCGAUUGCUGAUUUAAUAUUGAAAGUGAAAGUACAGUGUGAUUUGUAAAUAUGGAGGGGGUAUUGAUAGUUUUUUGACUGAUAAUAAUAUAUUCAAGUUUAUAUCAUCUGUCUCUCAUACAGAAACUGUUGUGAAAAAUCCAGUCCAUGUUUUAUUACCAAUUGAUGUUAGAAUUCCAGUAUUCCACGUUCUACUAAAUAAAUUAUUGCGCUACAGAGCUAGUGAACAACAAUGUACAGUCGCUAAUGAAAUUCCUCACACCCCUUGCAUGUCUUCACAUACUGCUGCCUUAAAAUUCUCUAUCUACACAACCUAUUUUACAUUUUGAGUGAAAGAAAAGUUAUAGAAAAUGUUACAAGUUACUCCAAAAUACAAAUGGAGGAUGUAUUGAUUGCAUGUCUUCACACCCGAGUUAAUACUUGGUGGAAGCACCUUUGGCAGCCAUUACAGCUGUGAAUCAUUUUGAAAAAGAUUCGACCAACAUUGCAAGACUGGACAAUUCAGGAACACAACACAUCGAGUCAUUCUGGUGCGUCUUUGGCAUAAAAAUGUGUCUAAUUGUUCUGGCGAAAAAUGUACCUUUUAUCCCAGGGUUAGGUUUUCAGAAGACUGAGGCGGGUUUCCCUCGGCUUUGCUCCUUUACUUUUUAUUUUGAUCUCAAGUCCCUGCCGGUGACAAGCAUACUCAUAACAUGAUGCUGCCACCACAAUACUUGUAUCCCUGCAACGUUUUAAGUAAAGUUUUACAAACAAUAUCAGACCAUAAGACAGGGAUCAUCAACUAGAUUCAGCCGCGGAUCAAUUUUUUUGUUGUUGUUGAGAGGAUGGUCGGGGGGCCAGAACAUAAAUACAAAUCAUUAGUAGACUGCAAUUUGUCCGCAAGAAUCCCAAACAGAUUUCACUAAAACAUAAUAAUUUCAAACCUUGCUUACAUUUGUAUUGAUCGCAUGUAUCAU